AUGUAUUUCCGCUCGUGUCGGGAUGUGAUGCCACAUCACGAGUCACGACUAUCCCCCCCGGAGAAUGCCGUGCGGAUUGCCAAAAUGCUCAUGGUCUACCAGUUUAUCUACUACAACGCCGUGGUCCCAUCUCAAAAAUUAACUAAUAUCAUACGGUACCUAGGUAUUUCCUCCAUUACCAUCAUCCGAGUUCGUGUCCUCGCCACAGUCAAUUUCACCGAUUUGUCCUACUCGAUGAUCUGGGUUGCCCUCUGGAUCCGCUUUCCCGUCCUUGCUCCAUACUCGACGCAGCCGUCGACGGGACCUGUCCCGAGCAAGAAUAUUACGGCGAAAUGGGUGCAUGACAUAGAUGAGAUGGAUAGUGAGUUUCCGCUCACGCAAUUGGACCAGUCACAGGAUGGUCACUUGCAGUAG